CCACAAUGAUAUGCAGAUUGUCUGGAAUGAAAGACUGUGGCAUGUGCAAGGUGAAAUUUUGGUUCUCCAGCCAUGGAGACCUAUUUUCGACCAAUUUACAGAAAAAAUUCAAUGGGUCGACCUUUGGAUCCGCAUCUCUAGGUUCCCAUCUGAGCUCAUCAACUUUGAGUCCAUUGCUACUUUACUGUCAAGAAAUAAUAUUGGAUCUUUGGUAAGGCUUGAUCAAUGCUCAUUGCUGCGUAAAAAAAUCAUGUUUGUUAGAGAAUGUGUUAAAGUCGACAUCUCCAAGCCUCUGAAAACUUAUGCUCAAAUUAUGAGGCAUGGUGGUAGCUAUUCAAGUACCUGAUAUGGUACGGAGACUUUUCUGAAGGAUGUGCUUUAUGUGGUGAUGAAGUUCACACCAUAAAAGCUUGUCCUCUCCUCUCACUCCCCCCAGAAGAGUGUUCAAAUCAUUCUAGAAAAAAUCCCUGCUUGAAAAAUUAAUUAAGAAAAACAUGAUGCUCCCCCUGCUGCCUAGACUCAACAUGAAUUCACAGCCCAUAAAGCUUAUGUGAUUCAUGCUAAGUCUAAGCAACGAGCUCAAGUUCCCAAUGCAAGCUCCUCUGCAAACCUUUAGAAUGGAAAACUUCAAAGAAAAGGUCUUCAGUGUCUAAUACUGUCUCUGAAAGGCCUCUUGCAAAGGGGGUUUUCAUUAAUGAAGAAAUAGCUGCUGCAAAGGCUAAUGAAACCAGCACAAAAGUUCCAAUCCAAUCCAAGGAUAAAGGUAAGUCAAAGUUAAAUGUUGCUGAGCGUAUGAUCAUGUUUGAAAACGAGUCCUCUGAUGAUUAGAAUUGUGAUGUUGUGAUCCCUUCUGUAAAUCCUCCAACUAUCAAGGUUGUUGUGGGUGAAGAAAACAGUCUUGCUGCAGUUGCUCCCUCUAAAGAGCAAAACAAAACAUCAUCCCCGAUGCAUUUUCAUGGCCUCCUCCCACCCUUUAUCCAAACUGAAUUCCCUGGUGUGGAUACUGAUGUGGGUGACUAGAAUUUUUUGAUGCUGAUGUUGAAUUUGAAGGUAAUAAAUCCUUUGAUAACAACAGUGAUGAAACUAGCCAUUUCAACAUGAUUGGGGGUUCUUAAUGAAGGAAAUAAUGCCCUUGGUCCAAGUAUGCAUUUAAUGCUAAGUCUAAUAUAUGUGGUUCAGUAUUAAUUAACAAGUUAAUAAAUUCAAUGAGAUCAAGUGAACUGAAUGCCUAGCUAGAGGUCGCUUCAGUUCAAGUGGAAUUAAUGAUAUUAACCCACAACUUACUCUUGACUGAACCCGUAGGGUCACACAAAUAGUACGUGAACGGAUCAAGUAUUUAAGUGAAUAUAUUAUUCAUUAAGUACUCCAUUUAUGAACAUUCGGAAACGACGGAUCUCGGUUCCAGUGGGAGCUGAAAUCGUCAAAUGGCAAAAUAAAGAAUACUCCGGAAAUGAUGAUAUUGUCGGAAACGGAAAUAUGGUUCAUGACGGAAAUAUAAAUAUUAUCCAAGUCGUAGAUGUUGCCAGAAACGGAAGCAUGGUUCGUAUCGGAAAAUAUUAUCGGAAAUAAAAAUAUUGCCGGAAUCGGAAAUAUUGCAGGAAACGGAAAUAUUACUGGAAUCGGAAAUAUUACCGGAAAGGGAAAUUAUUUCCGAAAUCGGAAAUAUUAACGGAAACGUAAAUAUUUGUUCAAAACGGAAAUGAAUUUCGGAAUAAGAAAACGAAUCGGAAGCUCGACGAGCAACAAGCCGGCAAGCGAGCCGGCCCAUCGCUCGACAAGCAAGGCAGCACCAUGGGCCGUGCUCUGCGAGCAAGGCAGCAGCCUCAUGGGCCGCGCCAAGCUGCGAGCAAGGCAGCAGCCAUGGGCCUUGCCAAGCUGCAAGCAAGACAAAAGCUCAUGGGCCACGCCAAGCCUGCGACAAGGCAGCAGGUCAUGGGCCGCGCCAAGCCUGCGGCAAGGCAGCAGCUCAUGGGCUGCGCCCAGCCAACGAGCAGCGAGUGCAAGGCCUGCCGAGGCGAGGGCCACAAUGCACUGGGCCGAGGCAGCACGCACACCAACGUGGCCCGUUGUGGCUGCGUUGGGUUGUUUCGUCUUGGGCUCCAAGAAAUACCUGACUACUUAAUUCCCAAGUAGCCUUGAAUUAAGUAUUCCUAAUCUUACUAGAAUUCAAAAAAUUAAGAGUUUAAUUAAAGUUGCAAUUCUAAUUGAAUAAGAAUUUCAAUCCUAAUAGGGUUGGUAAUUCUAUUCCUAGCAAGACUCAAAUUCCUUGUUUCCUACACUAUAAAUAUGAGGCUAGGCGCUCAUAAUUAUACACAUCAAUUGAAUUGAAAUCAUAUUAUUUAUUCCCAUUGUGUUCAAGGGAGAACAUAAUACAAGCCUAACCGAAUACAUAAAUCCUUAAGUAAAAUCCUAGUUGGUUAAACCUAAGGUGGAUCCGAACGUGCUGUGGACUUUGUACGGAGGGGCAACGUUUGGGGCUCUAAAGACUUGUUUUUGUUCAGUUCGGGAGGAGCUAGGGAAGGCACGCAUCACAUUGUAUGUCACUUAAAUUAUUCUAAUUGACUAUGUGGUAAUUAAUUUGGAUUUUGGCUUUAUGGUUUUUCCACAUGAAUUAUAUUGUUGUAUUAUUCAUAACCUAAUUGUGGUAUCACGAGCCUGUAAUUAAUUCUAUAAUCAAUUAUAGUUAACAUGGAUUAAAUUUUAUAAACUUGCAAUGAAUUAAAGGAGAGAUUAAUUUCGUGGAUGUAAUUGAUUGCAAAUUCGUGCGAUUAUUUGAUUAUAUGUUCGUAGGAUUUUUCGGCAGUUUUGUCAAUAAUUCUGUUUUUAUAGUGAAUUUCGCAUGUAAACGACGUUUUAAAAUUUUGACAAAAAUCAUAGAUUUGAUGCCGAACCCAGAAUUCCCAAAUUCGAAACCUAACUAUGACUUUUCGGAGGUUUUAGUUUUUAGAAUGCAAAAUUUGUAAUUUUUAUGAUGUUAAAUUAAAUAUUUGCGAAUCUUGUAUGUAAAUCUUGAAUCUAUGGUUGACCUACUGUAUAUGUUUAACAAUUUUAAGGUCUAAUUUUGUUAAUUAUACAAGCUAAUUUGUAAUUAUAAUUAAUUCGUUGAAUUUCAAAUAAUUUAGAAUUUGUUUUGAAUUUCAUAAUUAAUUGAUAAUUUAAUUAGGAUCCUAUAAUUAAAAACCACCACAAAAUUUGUCAAAACUGAAAAGUUUUAAAACUUUAUGACCUAGAUUUGAAUCCCUAAGAAAAUAUGUAAUCGGAAAUUAAUUUGAAUAAUAAAUUUUCGAUUUUUCGCCUAAAUUUAGUGAAAUUAAUAUGGAUUAUUAAUUUGUCGUUAAAUUUAAAAUAUAAAAGUUUUUGAUUAUUGUGAGGGGGUCGAAAAAGCACGAGGCUAAUGCGUGACCUCGUUCCUCGUGGGCGUGACGUUGUCAGAUCAAGUGUAGUUAGAUUUCCUGUGAGUUUACACCCAAUCGACUAGUAAUAUAGGAGUCGCCAUUCAGUUUUUAACGACAAUGGGAAAAACUGACAAAACCCGGUUAUCGUGACAUAAAGGGAGUGCAAUUAUGUUCGACCACGACGGCCAUAGGUUCCCUUGUGAUCCCUGGUGUGGGGAUCGCUCAACGUACACCCGCAGGGCAGAGAUUGAGAGUUCGGGGGACUGUAACUACAGAGAGGAGUGCUCAUCGAUAACUCGAGAGGCAGGUUAUCCUUACUAGCUCAACAUAAAUAAUUGAAGGGACAUGCGUUUAAACUAUUAAACUAUUCUGAAUUGAUUUUAGCAAUAUGCAACACAUAAUACUAAAUCGGUCGUGAUUAUCUUAUUUAGAUUGAUUUAAGGUACCUAGCAUGAUAGUUUAAUUGUCCAAGGUAUUAUCUUUAUUAGGCGUGAUAGAUCAAUCAAAUUAAUAGUUUAACAAUUUUAUAAAAGGGUGAUGAAAGCGAUUAAAUCAUGCGAAGGGACACAUUACAACGCACCCUUGAGAGGUGCGUCACGGUUCUCAGAAAACUAACCACUUGGCUUUGCUAUUUCUCCUUAUAUUUAACGAAUCUCGGGUUUCUGAGCAGUGUUCCAGUAUUUAGGCUUAAUUCAUCAGCUACGGGGACAGGAUACGUUCUGUUCGACUUUUGGGUCGAUUGCGACAGAACGCGAGGACAAUUUCGCAGCGUGAGGCUUAGGCUUAGGGUUGGAGUGAAUACUCAGAUUAUGAAUUGUGUGUUCUGUUCACGUCGGUUUUGAGGCUGUAUUUAUAGGGAAAGAGUUUGCGGAAAGAUAGAUCUUUAGAAUCCGAACCCAAAGAGAAUUCGGAGACGACACGGCCCCAGGUAUUUUCAGCGCCCAGGGCUGGGCGCCGAUGAUUUUGGCGCUCAGACCCAGGCGUUGAAAAUAGGGUCUGAGCCGAGCCUUUUGUCAGAUUUGGACUCUUAAUCAGGGAGCUUUUGAGACUUAUCCGAGUUUCUUAGUGCGUAUCAACUUAUGACGGAAUGCGUCUGGGCCCGUUACGAACUCUAGGUUCGUUAGGAAUUUAAUUAAUACGUAACUCUUAUUUCCGAAUUAUAGCAGGAAUAGAAUUCCUUUGCCAAUUCUAUCUCUUUUAGGACUUAUGUUGGAGUGCAACACCUAAUUCCGACAGAUUUCUAUCUUUUAUGUCAUGCCACUUUUAACAACUACCCGUUAUGGUAGUUACUAUUUUUAGCAGGUUUCUAUAAAUAGCAGGUUUGGCUGAAAUGAAAAGGGUGAUCGAGAUUCGUUAUUUUAUAGGAGAAGCGUUGCCAAGUGGAGAUUUAUGUUCUCAUCAUCGAACCUUUCCUUUCGGGAAUGGGGACAAAAGUAGGUGUCUACAGUUAGCCCCCACUUUGACUGAGUCUUGGAGUAAGACGAUGGUCAAAGUAUCAGACGGAGUGGGUCAUACAAGCCAUGGUAUAUGUGACCUGUUUUGCGAGGGUCUCACGAGCCCCCGAGUGAUAACAUUUGACUUAAGGGUCAUCACUUGAAGUGUUAACAUAUUCCUCACGUGUCAUUGGAAUUUGUUAAGUAUAGAAACUCCCUCACUUUGUCAUUGGAAGUACCUACAGAUGUAUAGAAACUCCCUCACUUUGUCAUUGGAAGUAUCUACAGACAUUUUCGAAACCAAAGCUAUAAAGUGUAACCAGGCCUGGCCAAGCCCGAUCACGAGGCAAAAAUGUUUUUAAAGAUUCUCAUUUUCAGGGUUAGCUAAACGAGAAAACCCCCUUGUUUUUAUAGGACGUAAAACGAAGGAAAAUCCAGCACAUCGCUCUUUUUUGGAAAAGCGGAAAACCAAUCCUUUGAUUUUUGGAAAAGGGAAACCAUCUUUUGAUUUUUGGAAAAAGAUAAAACAUCUUUUGAUUUUUGGAAAAAGAUAAACCAUCUUUUGAUUUUUGGAAAAAGAUAAACCACCCUUUGAUUUUUGGAAAAAGAUAAACCACCUUUUGUUUUUUGGAAAAAGAUAAACCAUCCUUUGAUUUUUGGAAAAGGAUAAACCGGGAAAAGUUAUUGCUGCAACAAGUAAGGACCUGCGCGGUUAGUGGCGCAGACCCCGCCCGCUGAAGGUGGGCGAGCCUGUUUUUGUUUUUGAAUAUUUUAUUUUUGAAAACUGAGGACCUGCGCGGUUAGUGACGCAGACCCCGCCGGCUGAAGAUGGCGAGCCUGUUUUUUUGUUUUUGGAGAAUUCAUUUUCUUUUUUCAUUACCUAUAUAUAUUCUUUAUAAAAGGCUUUCAUGAUUACGACCUGUUUGUGGGUCGCAAUAUUUUCCAAGUGGUCGUGUCCUAUAAGUGGGUCCACGCCGUGUAUGUCUCUCGUUAAUAAAUAACGAGAUUUUUGGAAUGCCUUUGUUUUUCUGCGGGAAAGGAAUAUUAAGACAACAGAUAAUUCUUACAAAAGGAAACUUGCGCAUGCCCCGACAGCGAAUAUUCGCUGUCUGGGUAAGCAAUUUCAGCGCCCAGGACUGGGCGCGAGAAUUUCUAACGCCCAGAGCUGGGCGUUGAAAAUGCAAGGGGGAGGCUGGCCUUUAAAAGCGCGGUCCAUUUCCUUCUUCCUCCAUUCUUUCGCCAUUUUCGCUCGAGCUUCUCACUCAAUUUACUCAUUUUCCACUCGUUUCUUUCAUUUUUCUUCACGAAUUCUACUCCAAGUCACUUCCUAAUCCUCCCAAUCAUGUCUGGCGAGUCAUCACCUUCCUCUGGUGACCAUGCGGAGCGUGGCAUGACACGUCAGUCCAUCGGUGCGGGACCCCUAUGGGUGGGUCCUUAAUACUACGACGGUCGGGAUCUGCACUACGACCUGAAGCAUCACGUGACCACUCGUCUUCACGCGAGGAGGGAUACUACAGUCCAUGGUUACGGUGCGGCGAUGAGCGAGACCGUCUUUGGUUUCCUGAGCUCGGACGCCCAUGCUUUGGUGAGGGAGAGUUCGAUGUUCCCGGUAGUUGAGACUUUCUGGGAGGUACUGCGACUCAACAUCUCCCUAUCUUUCUUGCGGUCGUUCAUAAGAUGGUGGUGGGAUACCACCAAUACUUUCCACUUUCCUUGGGGCGAGAUGACGAUUACUCCCGAGGAUUACACUGCUUUGACAGGCUUGGCCUUUACAGGGAUUCUCGUUCGUUUGAGGUCUGAUGGCCCGCCGCCGACUGUUGCUGAGGGCACUAGGCUCAUGGGCUCAUUGCUAGGUCAGAGAUUGCCUUCGUACCAGGCCCGUGGGAUACCCUAUGCUGACUUGAUGUGGGGCCUGGAACGUGGGGUGGAGGAGUCGCCUUUGAGAAAGGCCCGGCUGUUUUACCUCCACUUCACCACUUCUACCUUUCUGUCGGGCCCUACUGACACCUUUGACCCGAUGUGGAUAGACUGGGUGGAGGACGUAUCUUCGCUAGGCGCCUACUGUUGGGGCGAUUUCGGCUAUGCGACGCUCGUGGGCCAGAUGAGUCUGGCGGUGCGAGAGUCGGACCCGCGUAGACGUCAUUUCGUCAUUGCAUUGGCGGGGGUGCCGCGGUUUAUUGAGGUGGUCUGGACCCCAUGGCUCUCUUUUAGGGGUGCAUACGCUUCGGUCAGUUAUGCCCUGAGCCAGAUGCGGGUUUUAUUCGUUGGUCGCCGUGACCCCGUCUGGUAUCUGGGAGAGCGGGUACGUAUGCAGACCGUUGGAGUCUUCUCGGUGCCUCAUCCUCCACCUGCGACCAUGUUGGCCACCCGUUCGAUAGGCGAGGCCUGGAGGGUUCAUUCGAGGGCGGGCGUCCCGGCGACGGAGUUGGUGAUAGCGGGAGCUAACUACCAUCAGUUCAUCCUGGAUUCUCUUCGUCUCCCGGAGCCUGGCGCUGAGCAUCCUGAUCCUUCGUUAGGAGGAUGGGUGCCUCCCGAUGCUCGGAUCUCAUAUAUUGGGGAGGGUGGAUCCGAGGUUGUGGAGAUUAUCCCGGAGGGCCGGGUUUUCCAUGCUCCGCUCCCUGAGGGAGUACAGGCGGUCCCGGCCCGUACGGCCAAUGCGAUGGUGGGGGUGAUCAACCGGUUGAAGCCCGCGUUGGUUCGGGCCCGAUCCGCACUUUCUUGCAGGAGCCCCCGCUCUACUCAGACGGAGACAGGGCGAGCCGGGGCCGAUGACACAGGGCCGUCGGGGUUCGGGGGACGCGGCCCCGCGGAGAGAGAACGGGAACGGCACUCGCCCUUACGGCAUCGCCGUUGUGACGUGGGGACGAGUACUUCUGGGGCACGACCUGAGCGGGAGCGUGGGCGGCGUUCCAUGUCAGUGGCUCGCGAGUCUAGCCCCGAGUUGCAGCCGCAGCCUCAGCGUUGGGGAUGUUCACCCUAGGGGUCCUCGCACCAUGGGGGGUGGACGGGAUGGACCCGUGAGGCUUGGAGUGGUGAAGCCGAGGACGAGCCUUAGGCUUACUUCCACUUUUGUAUUUUAUUCAUUCUUGUAUUUCGCAUGUACAUAUGAUUUAUUAUAUAUAUAUAUACUUUUUUUUUUUUUGCGAA